AUGUCAACAUUCCUUACACCCCGACAUUCUUUAUUUCCUUCCGAAGUUAUAAGUAUCAUUGUCGAAUAUCUCUCCGACGAUUUGGCAACUCUGCAUAGUUGCAUGCUGACCAACAGACAAUGGUUCAACGCAUCCGUCGCUGUUCUCUAUCGUGCCCCAUACAGUCCUUCAAACGACUGUGGUACCGGUCCGAUCGAGGUUUACCUGAUGAGUUUGUUAGAAGAAGAUAAAGAAACCUUCGUUGCUCACGGAAUUCAUCUGCCCGCCUCGAAUUUGACAGUGGAUUACGUCUCUUUCACUAGGGAAGUUGUCGAUUCAGUCUUGUACAAGAGGCUAGAAGAGUGGCUGUGUAAUGAAGAUAUGUCUGAGCAUACGGAUUUGCUAUUCUCACGUAUGAUGAACAUGUUUGUGAGAAAAUGUAGAUUGAGGAGUCUCAAUACUUGUAUGUAUCAGAAGAAAAUCAACGUUGAAGGUCCAUCAGACUGGUUAUCUGAUGUUGCCCGUUAUCAACACGAUCUCAACAAACUCUCGGUGAAGUUACUAUGUGCAAGUCCAAAGGAACAAAGCGACAUGAACGACAAAGUUGCAUCAAUCAUCAAGAAGCAAAAGUCAUUAAAGGAAUUUUCUUUAUUUGCUUUUGGUCCCUGUGCGAAUCCGAUUAUGGAUGCGUUGAAACAACAUAGCAGAACGCUUGAGAAGGUCCAAUUAGGUGGAUGUACCGUUCUCGAAUAUUCUGUCUCCGAGUUCCUUAAUACGUUCAAGAAUAUUAAGAAAACAAUUCAUUCGUUAUUGCUAUGGAAUUAG